UAUUUUAGUUCAGAAUUUAGUUUGAAUAAAAUCAAGCUUGUCCUUUUUGACAUCUUUGACGAUCCGUAGGAAACAAAACAACUUCCGUCUGUAGUUGUCAUGGCGCCGUUUUAAACUAAGCUUUGACAAAGGUUUACAGCUUCCCUCCUAAAAUAUAAUUAAUUUAUCCUUUAACAGUUUAUUCACAGAUUACUGUGCAAUGUAAUAAGUAGAGACGAAAUGACUAAACGGAAUAGUUCGGGGAAAAAGAUACCGUUAGCUAAAUUAACUUAGAGACGGAGUUACUUCGUUGAUGCUAACGCCUUUCAGAUUAGAUCAGAUAAUAAAAACAGUUUUAUUGGGCUUCUUUUUCGCGAUUUAAUGAUGUUUUCCCUAAAAUGACAACGCGGAACGUCCAAGGUGGACCUGUUAAUUCCCUUGGACAGGAAAAUUUAAAAAGAGCCUGGGUUGCUGUCAACGUAAACAAUGAAGAUCCUGCCACCAGAAUGAGGAAUAAGCUUUUGUUUAAUGAAGCCAUCCCAGCAAGUGCGAUCAACCGUGCUACCAGAGUCGGCCCUCCAGCUCCAAUUGUGAUUGAAAAACUUCUGCCGCAGACAGAGGAGGCUGACAAUGGGAGAAGCAGCAGAAGCUCCCUCAGCUUCACUGCGCUCUCUGAGGAGAGGCUUCAGGCAGCUGUGAAGCUGGCCCAAAAAGACCUGAGACGAAGGCGCUUUGAGUCGCAUGCUAAUCCCGCACCCAAACCUUUGCAAGAGAUCUCCUACUUUGAAACAAGUGAUGUGGAGCUGCUUCAGGAACUAGCAGCCACUCCAAGCAAAACAAAUGUAAAAGUCUCAAGUCCAAAAGAGAAGGCGGCUCGACCGGGUAUCAAGUUGCACGUUUUAAAGAAACACCCGGCUCCUUCUUUGCCUCGUGCUGGACAGUCCCCUCCAACCAAAGACCCCGGCUUAGGCCGAAUAAAAGACGGCAAACGAACACCUCUAAGCCACGAGAUCCAGAAGCUUCAAAAUGAGCUGGAAGUGUACAUACGGAAAGUAGAAGAGCUAGCCAACAGAGGGGAGAAAGUGGAAGAACUGUUGGAGCCUGAGGAGCAAACCAAGUUGGAAAUGCGCAGACAGAAGCAGGCGGCCCGAUCAGCACAAGUCAUUUAUGUCCUUCAGCAACAGGUUAAAGAGAUACAACGAGAUAUUGAAAAUCUUCGAAGAGAGAAAACGUGGGACACUAAAAAGGCCGUGGCCGUAAACAAGCUUGCAGCUGCUCACCGCGGAGCUCUCCGAGCCUUACAGGUUAUUAUCCAGCAGCUCUCCGAUGUGUCUCGUAGCAAGGUGCCCCCUCACUGCAAAGAGCUCGGGCAGCUGCUUCGCCAGCUGUCUUUGUGCUCAGCGAAAGUUGAAGUGGACCAGGAUUCAGCCGGAACUGCUCUGGACAUCCUGCAGAAACUAGAGACUUUGGACUCUGCCCUCAGCAAACAACUAUUGCAUGAAAAGAUGCAGGCCCGUGCAUCUCCUCCACGCAGGAAGCCUCCUCAUCGCAGCAUGUCCCCCUCCGCUGCCCCCAAGGGUCCCAGCAGGUCUAACGCUGGAAGACCUCUCAAACCCUCAAAUCCCAAAAGAGGUUUCCAUGGGGAAAGGAGAAUGGGAUUUCACAAUUCCAAAAGAACUUCCCCGACUUCUCACCAGCUGGUCAGCAGGAGAGAUGCUCCUCGCUCUGGCCUGCGCCUCGUCGUCCAGCAGAGGGAGCUAAAGAGGCUUCAGGAAGAUACCGCCUCCAGGAAAGAACAGCAUCCAGAGAACAGAAAGUCUCAUAUUCAGGACGCAGGCUUUCAGCAGCCCACGGUUUCCUCUCGGCUCCGAGUGAACCAGCUCCCUGAAAAGCAGCCCUCGGUGCCCUGGAUACCAACAUCCCCCCACUCUCCACCUCCACAACGAUCUCCUCAAAGAGGGAAAUCAGAGCCCCGCUGCCUCUUCUCUCCAGUGAAGCCCCCACUGAGCCCUCCGAAGCAGCAGGUGGGGGGUGGAUUGGACACAGAGCCGACUCUGAGCUCAGCCAAGGCAAAAGAAGCCCAGAUUGAAGCUUUAAGGAAAGCUUGGCUGGAUAAAAUGACUGUGCAGAGACAGAGGGAGCUGAAUCACUUCACUAUGGAGGAGGUUGACAGCAUUCAGAGAUUAAGGUCUGAAGUUGUCUCAACUCGAUUAUCUGGCGGAGAAAAGACGACCAAAGAGAGGACUCGGCCUCCUAUAAAGGAUGCUCAGACGCGCCGUCCUGCACAGGCGGCGGGCGGUGCCGAGCGGCUCAGCGAGGCGCUGCUGGGGGAUCUUUCGGAGGACACGGCAGCACGGGCAGCUGAGGCAGACAGACGGUUUGAGGGCCUGGCCCUGAGUGGGCUGCCAGCCUCCACCCUGGAGAGCAUGCUGCUUCGUAUGGAGGAGAUACAGAGAGAUGAGGAGGAAGUGAGAAGACGUUUCGCUUCCAUCACCUACUCAGACCCACUUCACUGGAACCGAGAAGGAUCCCAGCGUCGGGCCGCGGGCUCCAGGCCAGCCUCUCCGCAGCCAAUUAGAUUCACAAGGCCAGUGUUUAAACAGACUUCUGCAGCUGACAUUGUCCUCGAGAAACCCUUGGAGGAUGGUCACGACUUCCUGUUCGAGAGCAGCCCGACAGACCGGGCAUCCCAAUCUGAUCAGGUACCCACAAGCAGCAGCGUUAAACGUGGGCCGCUGGAGAGGACCAAGGGGACUGUUAUCUCAGUGCCAAGCAGCAUGCUGAGAAGCAUCCGCUGCUACCAGGACAACUACGACUCCUUUGUGCGCUCUAAGGCUCACGGAGCAGCUGGCGGCUUCAACCCCUGGGCUGUUGCAGAAAGCUUGGCGGAGGAGUUCCUGUCAGAAGUGCUGGGCGACGUAGCCUCAGAGUUCCAGGGCGUGGUGGAGGAGUACGCCGAGGCCGUCUUCACCUCGGAGUUCCUGCAGCCGAUACAAUCACCUCCUGCUUCAACUGCAGCUGCGGCUAGACACUAAGUUUAUGGAUCAAUGGUUCGACAAGACCAAGAAUAUUUAUUAUUUUAUAGAUUUUUUUACAUUCUCAGAGUGGAUAUUUCACUUUAAAAUUAAUGUCUUUUUUUAAAGGCUGUAUCAGGUUAUUUGGAUUUCAAGUGUUUUUUUUUUUUUUUAUCAGAAAGUGCAGCAGAUUAGAUUGAUGAAUUGCACAGGCAACAUUGAUCUCAUUCCUAUUUGUGGUCCAUUUUUAUCUGUGAUUGAAUUCUGCUGGGAAAGUUAGUUUAGGGUAGAUAAGCUUGGAGAGACCAUUACAACAUUACAAAGGAUUAGAAGAUUACAGGCCUCCCCUCAGACAUGCUUUAAAGUUCCCUGAGGAUCAUUCACUCUGUCUUCUUCUACAUUGAAUUAUGGAAAUAUAUUAAUUGCAUCCAGUCUUUGUCAAACAUUCUUCAGAAGCAUCGCUUGUUUAAUCUUUUGUAACAUAUUGUCCUCUCUUUGCUUUAAUGUCCAAAUAAAGGCUUUCUGUGCUGAAUAAUA